GCGCAAACCAUCAUCAACAACUACUACACUUCCAUCGCGAAUCCUCAUUUUACUGCAGUGCUUCUACAUAGAAGGACUUUAAGGAUUUAUUAGUCUCGCUUCUAAAUUGCCCCUGCGCGCGACAGUUCCCUCUAGGUCGCCACCAUGGCCGCCGCAGACAUCCGUGAUAUGCUGGAUCUGCCUGCAGACGGCGGCCAACCCAGACCUCAUAAGAAACAGAAAGUCGUCGAAAAACGACCGGAGGGUAUUACUCGAGAGCUCUUUGCUCUUUUAGGCGAACGUGCUCCUCCUAUUGCCUUAAACGAGAAUAAAUAUAAGGGACGGCGGAAAUGGGUGAGCAAGCUGAAAGUGAGGCCAUGGGAGAUGGCCCCUUUUGAAAACUCCGCUCGAUCAGAUGGUCUUGUUCUCCGACACUGGCAGAGAAAACGAGCCGUCGUUAAUGAAGCGACUCCUGUUGAAACAGCAGGAGCGGGAGAUGGGGAAGUUAAAAACGAAACUGAAGCUGCGGAAAAUAAACUGGAGGAUGUCUAUGCAUUUGCGAAGUAUAAUGUGAAAGCUCAAGUCCCGAAAAGAUAUACAGAUGAUCAGUACAAUCGGUACCUGAAAAGCCAUAUCUGGAGUCGUGAGGAGACGGACUAUCUUAUGGAUCUCGUCGAGGAAUACGAUUUGCGAUGGAUCGUCAUUGCCGACAGAUACGAAUACCCCCCAAGCCCACCCUCGACAAACGGCGAAUCCACGGCUCUUGUUACAACAACCCGACGUCGAACGAUGGAAGAGAUGAAAUCGCGUUACUACACUAUUGCUGCAAAUAUGUUGGCACUUGAACAUCCUCCAUCUGAGAUGUCUGAGGCGGAGUUCAACCUCCAUGAGAAAAUGAUGAAGUAUGACCCUGAACAAGAAAAGGCCCGUAAAGAUCUGGCCACAUUACAAUUGAACCGAUCAAAGGACGAAGUUAAUGAAGAGACUUUGCUCCUUGAGGAACUCAAACGGAUCGUGGCCAACGAGAAGAAUUUUAUCGAAGAGCGAAGAGAGCUCUACGCCAGACUUGAGGCACCUAUCAGCACGAGCAAUACUACGAUGUACCAGUCGAGCCAAGGCCUAUCGCAACUUCUCCAUACGCUCCUACAAGCCGAUAAGUCCAAGAAACGUCGUUCACUUAUGGCGCUGGAAACUGGCACAUCCAGUCCAGCAAGCCAGCCGAGUACCCAACAGAAUCCCCCACAGAGUGCUCGCGAGAGUCGACCUCAGACGCCUGCUGCUCCGGCGCCAACACCGGCAACUACCAAGAAAGCAGCCAGCGCAGCAGCUCAGCAGCCAAACGUCAAAUCACUCACUCCUGCCGAAGAAGCCAAAUAUGGCGUUACACGUCACGAGCGUCUUACGUCAGGCGUCCAGUUCCGAAACGAUAGGGCACAGAAGCUCACACAGGCGAAAUCUAACAUCCAGUCUCAGAAACUUGCUGCAGCGCUUACUGAGCUUUCUAUCCCACCCCGACUCGUCAUGCCGACGGAGAAGGUGUGCAAGGAGUUUGAAAAGCUGAUACAUUCGGUCAAUCUUCUGCUCGACGUGCGCAAGUUCGCAGAAAAAGUCGAGGGCGAGAUCCGUGUGCUAGAGGCGGCCAAACACGAACGGGAAAGGAAGGAGAAGGAGAGGCUGGAAGCGGAAGAAGCUAGCAAGACUGGUGGAGACACUGCGGGAGCAGGGCAGGGGAAUGAAGGAGACAAGGAGGCCGACAAGGAGAAGCAAGGAGCAGCGGGAGGCGAUGAGGGUGUCGGAGAAGAUAAGAAGGCUGUUGCUGCCGCUGCCGAUACUGCUGCUAUCAAUGGCGCCGAUGCGCCAGCAACGAAAAGACACGAUGAAGCUAGCGCGAUCAAGAGUGAAGCAGAUGACGAGUCGAAAGAAGCUGGAGCUGAGGGAGCGGCGACAGCUGGCUCGGGAAGGACACAUAAACGAAGCGCGAGCGUUUUAAGCGCAGUUAGCGACAAGAGCACGAAGAGGCAAAAGAAGUAGCCUGGCGGGGAGUUAUAUUUUGUGUUUAACUUGGUUUUCGCGGAGUGUUUUAGGGAAUUUGAAGGGGUUAGGAUUACCAUUAGCUAGGUGCUGUGCUAUCUGGGUUUAGGUUUAUAUUAAUUUUAGCCCUUAUAUUCUUCUUUAACUACAUUACUUAGCUAUGCUUUUCGGUGUAUAUUUGUCGUGAAUUGACAUAUUCGGCACAAUUAGUAUAAGAUUCAUGCUCCAUUGUCAGUGUGUUCUUCACAAUGGGCGUGAAGUGGAAUUGAAAAACAGUAUACGCCAAGAAUAAAAGUUAGGUACAAACACGCUAAUCAGAUUUCUCCUUAAACAAAAUCUAUCGAUGGAUGAAUGGAUGAAAGGUGCGAUAUAGGAGGGGCCAAAAAUAGGGGCAUACAUUCCAACUCGUGUAUUUAUAGAAGGGCUGAUAUAAAAAGGAACGAUACUAGAGAGGACUGAGUGUUUCUAAACCCGACAUCGAACUAAAGACGCUUCCAAACACCCUGGCAAACCUCCAUGCCCGAAUCGAAUCACGAAAACUCUCGGAUGUUUAGGUCUUACACAGAAUAGUCAUCGAUGAUAACUAUUUCCCUCCCCAUGCCUGCUCAACUAGCUUUAAUAGACCAUCCUUCGAGCCAACUUCAUUCAAAAGUUGCUCCUCUUUGAACUCCGCAGUUGAGCUGCGGAGAUC